CGCUCUCGUCUGGCGUUCGCCUACACGGCUGGCCACGCUUUCGGAGCCAUGAGCGCGCUGUUCUCGCUGCUCGGGCAGCUGGAUGACGCCCUGGGUCCCGGCACUGCCGGACUUUACGGAAGCACGCCGCGACGGCUGGAGGCAUCGGCAAUCAGCGCAGCUACCUUCAGUGUACUGCACGUCUUCUGGGCCCUGGUCUCCUUCCACGCGCUCGACGCGCGCCGAUGGUCCGUGCUUGUCUUUGCCCCGGCCGCCCACUUGGCCGCGUCGGCGGCCAUGCUGCUGACACCCAGCGGCGACUACCUCGUUUCCCUGGGUGCCAUAUGUGCAGUCCUGGUGGUGUCUGCGGCGAUGGCGUUCAACGCGGCGGGCGGCAGUGCGCGAAAUGUUGCGGCGGUGUUUACGCGCGGCUCCAAGGACUGAGCCACGCCUGAGACGUGCACGACGAGUGCCUUCUUUGUAGCUGAACGUCUUGACCCUUCACUUCCAAGU